UAAAUGACGUAGAUAGGAAUUGCCUUACUCAUUCAAACAAACUGCUGCAUCAUAUUGAUGUACAAUUUUUAACAUUAUCUCAUCAUAACUGAGACGUAAUUAAUUAGAUUUUCAAUCUUAAGCUCUUCAUAGUCUUAUUUAACUAACUAUAUAUCGGAAAAUCGACUUCAAUUAUGGAAUUUCCAGAAUUAGGAGAAAAUUGCAGUGAAGCAACUUGUAAACAAUUAGAUUUUUUACCUAUGAAAUGUGACGCUUGUAGUCGGAUGUUUUGUAAAGAUCACUUGACCUAUGCGACUCACAAUUGUCCAGAAUCUUAUAAAAGAAAUCGACAAGUUCCCAUUUGUCCGUUAUGUAAUUCGGCAAUAACGGUUUCUGGAAACGCAUCUGUUGAUAUGAUCGUGAAUCAGCACAUUGACAAUGACUGCUGCAAAAUAAAAGAACUUAUGUCUCUAACCUGCUCAAAGUGCCGACUUAAUUUUUGUUUGAAACAUCGUCAUGAAGCCGAUCACGAUUGCCAAGGACCUCAAAUACCCACAAGAACCAACAAAUCGGUUUUUAAGAACCAAAAUGUUCAAUUGACCAACGGAGUCGAAUCUAGAAGACCUAUGGCUGUUUCUUUACAACCUCAGAAUAUUAGUGAAGAUGAAGCCAUGGCAAGAGCGUUACAGGCUAGUAUGGCAGAAAGUAAUGCUCCAGGCAGGACACUAUCCGAUAAAGAAUUACAGGAACAACGCGAUUUCGAAUUAGCAAAGGCCUUACAGAUGGAAGCUGAUGCUGGAAAUCGUCCGCAGCAAACAAAUACCCGACAAAGGGAAACUAGAAAUUCUAACUGUCAAAUUUCUUAA